AUGGGGCCUGAGAAACAGGAGUUGAAGGCCCAGGAGGUCCCUGAAGCCAGCCCUCGUCGCAGCGAGGAAGGUGCGGUAGAGCCCGCUGUGAUGUCCGGAGAGGAUGCGCAAGAAGAGCCUGCUGCUGGUAGUCCUGUCAAGGAAAGCGUAGCUGGCGUAGCUGUCGUAGCUGACCCAGCAGAGCCCAGUCUCCAAAGUGAGGCAGCAGGCCCUGCUGCUGAAGCUGCUGAAGCUGCUGAAGCCAAAGGCGACGCUGAGAAGCCUGCAACGGAUGAGAAGGGUGCUGAAGCUCUUUCACCGGUACAAAACGGUGCAAAGAGGAGUCCGACCAGGAGUCCGAGCGGGAGUCCAGCCAGUGGUCCAAAGGGACAGGCAGAAACUCCCAGCCUUCAAUUCGCCACCCCAGCUCCUCCUGCAGCCCAACAUGACUCUCCGGUGAGUCCUCUUCGCAACUCUCCUGUCAGCCAGCAACUGGAGGCCUCCCCAAAGGCCGCAGAGUUGGCCAGUUUCGCGCCACCCAUCACGGAGAAACAGCAACUGAGAUGGCAAACAUUGUACCUGAAAGAGGCUGUUUGUCCAUUUCCCACCAGUCUCCUGAAAGUCCAGAAGGUGAAGAUGGAGAGUUUGGCGGAUUGGAAUACGGUGAAGGUGGUGUUCCGGGCGACCGUGGGGUUGGAGCAGAACAUGAAGAUGAUGAAGGCUGGCGACGUGGCAGAAAUCACAAAGAGAGAGGACGAGCCAAAGCAGCUCGACCUGGAUGACACGGAAGCGCUCAGACAGCAUGCUGCUGGAUAUGGAGGAGGCGAACUUAAUGAUGACUUGAACCUGGCGAAUGAUCUGAGCAACAGCGAUUUCGUGUCGCCAUCUGAUUCAAAGGAGUUCACUGUGAAGUUACAGAAGCUGCCUGGAAUGAGGUUGGGCGUGGAAUGUGUCCAAUUUGCGGACGAAUUGGUGGUGCAGGCCAUCUCAGAAGGUAUGGUUGCAGAGGAAUGGAACCAGAAGAAUCCCUUUCUGGCGAUCAAGGAGGGCGACGUGAUUCGCCAGGUCAACAGCAUUCGCGGUGAUCCCAUGAAGAUGUUGAGCAAGCUGCGGUCUGGAUUGGUCUUAACCGUCAAGGCUGAGCACUGCUCCCGGCAAGUGCCCAGAGAGGAAGAGAACCAUUUUCAGACGAUAAAACGGACCGGUGGGGCUUUGCUGCGCUUCCAUCAACGAAUGGAAAUGGAGGCACAGAUCAUGGACCAGGCCUUUGCCAUGGCUGCCAUUUCAAGGAGACACGAACGGCAGGAUCUGGAUGCCAAGGUUUGGGAGGCAGCAUCUGCCUGGAAUCUGGAAAGUUUCAUGUUCUUUGAGGAAGUGCCCUUCCUCGCGGCCUUCGGCUACACUGCCAAGGACAAGUUGAACUGGGACCAGGGGAAGGUGAUCCCCAAGCUGACCAUGGAUUUGGACGAGCAUUUUGAACAGGCGGGAUGCACUUGGUACGUCAUCAAGUGUAAAUUGGAAGUGCCUGUGGAUGAUGGGAAGGUCGAGACCAUGACAUGGGAGGCACCGCGAAGGCUGCACCAUUUACGUAUGGAGUUGCACGAUCGCAUGAAGUACUACAUGGAGGAGAAGUUUUAUGCGCGCGUCUUUGGUGAAACUCCCUUUGCCAGGCAAGUUUCAGACUUGGCCAAGCUGCAGCAUUGUAACAACUGA